AAAGAAGGAAGAAAAUUUGAGUGGGUGAGAAUUUUUUACGAUAGAGGAAGAGACAGCAUCAUCUACUUGUGUUGUCUGUGUACAUAUAUUACAGUAAGCGUUGCAAUAUAACUUCUUGAGGAUCUUCUCACAUUAAUGGGUCAAACCUUUUGCUCUUCCUUUUGAUUAAUUUAGUGUUUGACAAUCUCCUCCUCCUUCUCCUUCUUCUUCAAAGUUUUGUCGCAGUAUCUAUUGUUCUUACAGAGAGAAAGGUAGGCUUUUGUGUCCAUCACUCAUUUUCGCUCGUUUGGUUAAGCUUCAUCUGCCAUGUGGUUCACUGUUUUGAUACUUUUGGGCUCUUAUACCUAAUGUUGAUGUAACACAACGAUACAUAAUCUAAUUUGUUUUCGAGUGGAAAAUAGUUGAACCCAGAAAGCUUUAGUCUUUUACCAGUUUGAUCCAAUUCUGGGUUUCACUGAAAAAAAGUUGGGAGUUUGAUUCUUCUAACUGUAGAAGAAACAGAGUCAACAGAAGAAAACUAAAAAAGUUGAGAUUUUUCUCUCACGCGCUCAAGAACUUGAGUAUGUCUUCUUCUGUAGCAGUGUUAUGGGUUGCUACUUCUUCUCUAAAUCCAGACCCAAUGAACAAUUGUGGGUUGGUAAGGGUUCUAGAAUCUUCUAGACUGUUCUCUCCUUGUCAGAAUCAGAGACUAAACAAAGGUAAGAAGAAGCAGAUACCAACUUGGAGUUCUUCUUUUGUAAGGAACCGAAGUAGAAGAAUUGGUGUUGUGUCUUCAAGCUUAGUAGCAAGUCCUUCUGGAGAGAUAGCUCUUUCAUCUGAAGAGAAGGUUUACAAUGUUGUGUUGAAACAAGCUGCUUUGGUGAACAAACAGCUAAGGUCUUCUUCUUAUGACCUUGAUGUGAAGAAACCACAAGAUGUUGUUCUUCCUGGGAGUUUGAGUUUGUUGGGUGAAGCUUAUGAUCGAUGCGGUGAAGUUUGCGCUGAAUAUGCUAAGACGUUUUAUCUUGGAACUUUGCUUAUGACACCCGAAAGGCGAAAGGCGAUUUGGGCAAUCUACGUGAUGCUCAAAGUAGAUUUCUACAAACAAUCUAUUGUGGCUCUUGUUUGGUGUAGAAGAACUGAUGAACUUGUGGAUGGGCCAAAUGCUUCACAUAUAACUCCCAUGGCUUUAGAUAGAUGGGAAGCAAGGUUAGAAGAUCUUUUCCGUGGUCGUCCUUUCGAUAUGCUUGAUGCUGCUCUCGCUGAUACAGUUGCUAGAUACCCGGUCGAUAUUCAGCCAUUUCGAGACAUGAUCGAAGGAAUGAGAAUGGACUUGAAGAAAUCGAGAUACCAGAACUUCGAUGAUCUAUACCUUUACUGCUACUACGUCGCUGGAACCGUCGGAUUGAUGAGCGUUCCGGUUAUGGGAAUCGAUCCUAAGUCGAAAGCAACAACCGAAAGUGUUUACAACGCUGCCUUGGCCCUUGGUAUAGCCAAUCAGCUUACUAACAUACUCAGAGACGUAGGCGAAGAUGCGAGAAGAGGAAGGGUUUAUCUGCCUCAGGAUGAAUUGGCUCAGGCUGGUCUUUCAGAUGAAGACAUAUUCGCCGGAAAAGUAACUGAUAAAUGGAGAAACUUCAUGAAAAUGCAGCUUAAACGAGCAAGAAUGUUCUUCGACGAAGCUGAGAAAGGCGUCACCGAGCUCAGUGCCGCUAGCAGAUGGCCUGUAUGGGCUUCAUUGCUAUUGUACAGGAGAAUACUGGACGAGAUUGAAGCGAAUGAUUACAACAAUUUUACUAAGAGAGCUUAUGUGGGGAAAGUCAAGAAAAUUGCAGCUUUGCCAUUGGCUUAUGCUAAAUCAGUACUAAAGACUUCAAGUUCAAGACUAUCGAUAUGAGAGCGAGAGGAAAGUGGAACAAAAACAACCUAAGAGCGCUUUUUGUGAUUAAGAAAAAACUUAGGCUCGAAUUUAUUAUGUUAACUAAUAUAUACAUAUUAAUGGGGAAGCAAAUUCUUAUAAUGUUACAUUAUCUUUCUGAAUGUAAAAAAGUAUUUUUUUUUUUAAUUUUAUUUUAGUUAUAGUUCUCUUGGCCUAAUGAGGGGAUAUACAAUUUUUGGUUGAU